AAUAAACAUUAGAACGUGAAUAUGCCAGGUUAUAACCUGAGGCAGGUUCAUGUUACAAGAAACUACAAUAAAAUACAAUCAUAACACAACAGUUCAAUAAAGAGGAAAUCCUAAUCCAUUUUGAAUUACUAGUGCGUGAGGAAGUAAUUCUGCAUGAGUUACUGCGGGUCAUUGGUUUAAGGAGAUGAAACACUGGUGUAGAAAUAAACUGAAUCAGUGAUGUUUGACCUGCUGUUAUGUGACAUGAAUCUGAUCGGGUUUGUAGAAAGGUAAUCUGAGCAGAUGUUGUUAGGGCCAAUAACACAUACGCGCGCGCACACACGCACACACACACACACACACUAAUCACAGAUCCAGGGCUCAUAGCCAGAGCGCAUCUCUCCCUCUCUCCUCUCUUUUCUCUCAGAUAGUCUCUGUUCCAGUGAAGUUGUUUUUUUUCCAGGCUCCAUUUUGCGCAGUUCUGCUUUAACCAUUAGACCCUUCAGCCUACAAAUGUACACGCGUGGAGCAGGUAAAAGACAGUGUGGAAACUGUCGCGUGGUGUACUGGUUUGUGUUGUUUUCUUGCUUCUUGGAUGCGGCGCGUGCACAGAUUCGCUACUCAAUCCCAGAGGAGCUGGAACAUGGAGCUUUUGUUGGCAACAUCGCGGAGGACUUGGGCUUGGAUUUGGACAAACUCUCUGCGCGCAGAUUCCGGAUAGUCUCCGGUACCAGUAAGCAAUACGUGGAGGUGAAUUUAGAAAAUGGAGUGUUGUUUGUCAAUGAAAUCAUCGACAGAGAAGAACUGUGUGAGCAGAGUUUGUCCUGUUCUUUUCACUUACAAGUGGUGAUAGAAAAUCCACUGGAGCUUUACAGAGUGGAGGUGGACAUUCUGGAUGUUAAUGACAACUGUCCAAAUUUCCCGUGGACAGAAUUUAAUCUGGACAUAUCGGAAUCCGCUGCGCCUGGAUCUCGAUUCCCACUCGAGAGCGCACAGGACUUGGAUGUCGGGUCCAACUCGUUGCGCACCUAUUUACUGAGUGUAAAUGAGCAUUUCAUUUUGGACAUUCAGACGCGCAGUGAUGGGAGCAAAUUUGCGGAACUGGUCCUCCAAAGCCCGCUGGACAGAGAGCAGCAGAGCACACAUCAGAUGAUUCUGACAGCGGUGGAUGGAGGCGCGUCGGAGAGAUCCGGCACUGCGCAAAUCGAUAUUACCGUCUUGGACGCAAACGAUAACGCACCCGUGUUUGAUCAGUCCUUUUACAGAGUGAGACUGGCUGAAAACGCACCCAAGGGCACAGUUGUCAUCAAACUCAACGCGACCGAUUUAGACGAGGGUCCCAAUGCUGAUAUUACUUACUCUUUCAGUGGCCACGCGCCCAUCAAAGUGCGCCAGCUCUUCAGCGUGGACUCACGCACGGGAGAAAUCAAAGUCAAAGGGGUGAUUGAUUAUGAAAAGGCCAGGAUGCAUGAGAUUUAUGUGCAGGCUAAAGAUAAAGGGCCAUCCGCUGUUGCAGUGCACUGCAAAGUGCUCGUGAACGUCUUGGAUCAAAAUGACAACCUCCCUGAGGUGAUCUUGACCUCAGUGUCCACACCUGUGCAGGAGGACGCGCCCCCGGGAACCGUGAUAGCCGUGAUCAGCGUGAUGGACAAGGACUCCGGUGAAAACGGCAAUGUGGACUGUGAGAUCCCGCACCAGAUUCCAUUCCAGCUCCACUCCUCCUUUAAAAACUACUACACUCUUGUGACUUGUGAUUUUCUGGACAGAGAGACAGUGGCAGAGUAUAACAUCACAGUCACCGCCCGCGAUAUGGGCUCUCCACCUCUCUUCACCAGGAAAACCAUUCUAGUCCAGGUGUCUGAUGUGAACGAUAACGCGCCUCACUUCAAACAGCCUUCAUACACUGUGUAUUUGGCUGAGAAUAACGCGCCAGGCGCAUCCAUUUGCUCCGUGACGGCGCUGGAUCCAGAUAUUGGCCAAAACGCAUACAUCUCAUAUUCAAUACUGGAAUAUGGGGAUAUUCUGGGGAUGCCAGUGUCCACAUAUGUGUCCGUGAACUCGGACAGCGGGAACAUUUACGCGCUGCGAUCCUUUGACCAUGAGCAAAUCAAACACGUUCAAAUCACAGUUCUGGCGCAAGACGCAGGGUUUCCUCCACUGAGCAGCAACAUGUCUGUGAAUAUCUGUGUUUUGGACCAAAACGACAACGCACCCGUGAUAGUGGCAAACACUCAGCAAAAGGACACGGGAGUAGCGCCAGUGCCCAGGUCUGCUGACCCCGGGUACCUUGUCACCAAAAUCAGAGCAGUGGACGCAGACGCGGGUCAAAACGCGCACAUUUUCUACCAAAUGCUCCAAGCGACAGAGCCGAGCUUGUUCAGCAUCGCUUUGUAUACAGGCGAAGUCAGGACGAUGCGGCCGCUGACGGACAAAGACGCCGCGAGGCACGGACUAGUCAUUCUGGUGAAGGACAAUGGUCAGCCAGCGCUGUCUACCACGGUUUCCAUCACUCUGUCAGUAGUUGACAGCCUGCCAGAUUCAACGCCAGAUUUGGAUGAGCUGUCACUGAGCCCCGCACAUCACAGCUCCAACUUCAGCCUCUACUUAAUCGUGUCUCUGAGCGCAAUCUCCUUCACAUUUCUGGUGGCUAUCAUUGUCCUGGUGUCAGUGCGGAGGGUGAAGGACAGAGCGUCCAACAGGGAGUCCAGCGUGCCCUCCCUCUGCUGCUGCUGCUGCUGCUGCUCUGCCUCCCAAACCUCCUCCUCCACUACAGAGGUUUUCAAAAAGACGAACCUAAAUGCGCGGAUGUCCACAGGCGCGUCUGGCUGCGCGGAGACGAACAGCAACGGCGCGCUGCCGCAGGUUUAUUGCUAUAAAAUGUGUCUCACGCCGGAAUCGUCCAAGAGUGACUUCAUGUUCCUGAAGCCGUGCAGUCCGGUCAUGUCAGUGCGGCAGAAUAUCGCCAAGAGCACAGACUAUCUGACCUCUGGUUGGAGCGCAGUGGACCGCAAUGAGCUGAGCAACAACAGAGCAGCAACACCAAGCCAGCUUAAGUAUUCAAACAAGGACUGGACAUGGACCAAGAACCAAUACAACUCAGCAUACAAGAGGAAUAGUUCAGCAAAUAUGGAGGGCGCUGUUUCUCAUCAACAAAUAUACCAUGCUGAUGGUUUUUCCUGCCCAGUGGCACCACAGUACUUGACCUGGGGGAACCACAUGAAAGACUGCAAGAUUUCUCUUGAGGAGGAAACAGCCUCUAACUGCUCGUGGACUCCUAAGUUGACGCAGCCUCAUUGUGACGCACCCGACUACCAGCACAAUGUCUACAUUCCCGGCACCACGUCUGGCUCCAGCACACUGAAGCUGACACCCACUGGAGAACUGGAUGUGUAUAAUACCUUCUCUACCUUUGGGAAGAAAAAGAAAGUCAUCUCAAACUAUCAGCUGCCUUUUGAUAAAGCCGAUGGUCUCUUUAAAUGAUGCACGUAAUAACUCCAACUGUGUAUCCUCUCUGUCAAUGUGAAGGCUAACACACUGCAAUGUUAUUCUCCCAUUCCCAUGCAUUGAAUACCACUCGUAACAGAUAUACUAUUUUUAUAAAAAAGUGAAAUAUUAUAUUAUUGUAUAAUGUUAUAGCGUAUUAUAUGAUAACAUAUUAAAGCUGGGUAGCAAUAAAGGCUAAAUGGGAUAGUUACAAUUUUCUUCAGUGGUUGUAUGAAUAACUUACCCUGAAUAAGUGCAGUGUUUGCUUUGCAUGUCCCCAUGUGUGCUGAGUUCUCCAUCUGAAAAAGCACUUUGUCAAGCAAUACUAUCAGAUUACUAUGGGAGCACGAGUGUCUAUACAGCAGCAGUGCAUGGGUAGGCGGGGACAAGAAGUGUUAUCCUGGCAAACUGCUGAAACCUUUGGGGCACUUUGAGUGUUAUAAUCAGUC